AUGACUACCAAGACAAACAACACUACACCAGCUUCUGACAUUGUGAGACCGGCCGCCCUGUGCCAUAUCGUGCUGCGGACGAAACCUGAAAGCUACGACAAAAUGGUCGACUGGUACGUCCAGUUUCUCGGAGGCUGGAUCACACAUGCCGCAAAGGGGAUCACCUUCAUUGGAUACGAUGAAGAGCACCAUCGCAUUGGCAUCGUACCCCGAGCCGACGCCGUCCCGCGCCCAACGGACAACCGCCCUAUUGUAGGCUUGGGCCAUGUCGCAUUUGGCUACAAGAACCUGGCCGACUUGGCGACGUGCUACGAACAGAAGAAGGCGGCAGGGAUUCACCCAGUAUGGACCGUCAAUCACGGUCCAACAACGAGUCUAUACUACCGAGAUCCUGAUGGGAAUGAGGUUGAAACCCAGGUCGACAACUUUGAUACCGUCGAGGAAACCAUUGCCUUUAUGGAUGGGCCCGAGUUUGAGGAAAACCCAAUGGGGGUGGAUUUCGAUCCCGAAGAGUUUGUGAAGCGGGUCCGUAGCGGUGAAGAUGAACGCUCCAUCAAGAAGCGACCGAACAUUGGCCCGAGAACCACGAGGUGA